GCCACCAUCCACCAGCACAAACCAGGUGUCUCCGCAUGGGUGUCUCCCCUCCAGUGGGAGGUGUCAUAGGACGCGGAGGGUUUGGCACAGUCAAAGUUGGACGUCACAAAGGUGUGAAGGUGGGAGUGAAGGUACUACGUGGAGGGAGGGCGGCGGCCUCUUCACAGAGAGAAGCCCACGCACUCUCGCUACCUCCCCACGCCCACCUGGCCUCCACCCACGCCCUCGUCACGCCCUCCACCACCACUGGCUAUGCUUGCAUCACCUGGGGUGUUACUUGCCUCAACAAUAUUAAAGAGAAAAACCAAAUCGUAUCCUACGAGGCUGCGGCGGCAAUGUUUUCUCUUCCUGUGGAGGAUGUUGUCAGGUGGGCGGGUGAUGCCGCGGGAGGAGCAUGGCGGGAGGCCUGGGUAGGCGGGGUGGUGAGUGAACUGUGCACGCCUCUCACACUGCUGACACUCAUCAACCAACCUGACUACGAACUCACCAUCCGGACAAAAAUCAGGUGGAUUCACUGGACACAAGUGGUAGCCAUUGUAGCUGUUUUCACAGGUGUGAAGGUGGGAGUGAAGGUACUACGUGGAGGGAGGGCGGCGGCCUCUUCACAGAGAGAAGCCCACGCACUCUCGCUACCUCCCCACGCCCACCUGGCCUCCACCCACGCCCUCGUCACGCCCUCCACCACCACUGGCUAUGCUUGCAUCACCUGGGGUGUUACUUGCCUCAACAAUAUUAAAGAGAAAAACCAAAUCGUAUCCUACGAGGCUGCGGCGGCAAUGUUUUCUCUUCCUGUGGAGGAUGUUGUCAGGUGGGCGGGUGAUGCGCGGGAGGAGCAUGGCGGGAGGCCUGGGUAGGCGUGGGUGGUGAGUGAACUGUGCACGCCUCUCACACUGCUGACACUCAUCAACCAACCUGACUACGAACUCACCAUCCGGACAAAAAUCAGGUGGAUUCACUGGACACAAGUGGUAGCCAUUGUAGCUGUUUUGUAUUUACUAUAAAUCUGUGUAUUUUAAUCCACUUUAUAGUUAUGACGCCGCAUAUUAAUGUGCUUUAAUCAUUAUUAUGGAUUACAGUAAUAUCCUGCGUUGAGCCUCAGUGUGAAUACUGAUCUCAGAUCCAGUUUGUUAAAAUAUACUGGUAAGUUAUAUGGUAUGCUCAAUAAUCGACAUGGAGACAUAAACUAGGAAGAUCAAUUGAUCUAUGUUGCAUAAUCUAUAAUAUUCAUGUUAAAUAUCAAAAUGGUGUAAAA